AUGCCGCCCCCGCCCCCGCCCCCGCUCAUCGUCACCACCGACCCCGACACCGCCUCUCCCUUUGACAACCCAUCCACUCCCUCCCCCCAGAGCCCCACCGUUCUCCCCUCAGAAGCCGGCUCCAGCGAUGGCCACGGCCGUAGAGAAUCAGCCAACCUCCCCCCUGUCAACACCAGCCACCUCUCCCCCAGCAAUGCCCGGCUUCACCCAACACACGGCGGCCACUCGCCCUCCCCCUCCUACUCGUCUGCCCUCACACCGCCCUCCCCCACUUUGACAAACUCGUCCUCUGUCCAUUUCUCGGACGAGCUCCCGACCCCGUCUUCGCCGAAUCCCAAAACAUCCCUCGCGCUACGGGAUAACAACCCCAAUGCGGAGAGCGGGAUGGAUACUUUGCAGAUAGGCGAUGAAACGCAUGGGAGACAUGAACGGGCGUGGUCGAUCGGGACUUGGUCGAGUGCUGCGCCGACUACCGAUGGAUUUUCUGUCAAAAAGGCCAAGGAACCAUUGCUGAGAGGUACAUCGGAAAUGUCUGAUCAGACCCGGGCGGAUGAAGAGCCCAGCAAGAAGGACAAGAAGGACAAGAAGGAUAAGAAGAAGAAGGGCGAAGAGCCGCCUUCGGCCCACCUCGAUCCUGACAAGGACACCACAGACCCCACACCCUUCCGCGAAAAGCCCUCCCGCCUGGCCAUGCUCGUCGACCCCAAAUCGCUCGAUGAUCUUGAAAAGAUUGGCGGUGUUGAUGGCCUGUUGGAGGGUCUGGGCGUGGACAAGACAAAGGGACUCGCAGUGGGUACAGAGGAAGGGCACGUGGACUCGGGUGCCCCGAGGAGCGCUGCAGACAUGCCAGGUGGCAAUGGGGCGCACUGGCGUGCUGGUAUGGACGAGCGGCGCAAGGUGUAUGGAAGGAACGAUCUUCCGCAGCGAAACAGCAAGAGCUUGUUGUUGCUCAUGUGGCUUGCCUUCAAGGACAAGGUUUUGAUCCUGCUUUCCGUCGCCGCCGUUGUCUCUCUCGCCCUCGGUCUUUAUCAAGAUCUGGGUACUGCCCCAAAGGUCAUCUACAACGACGACUGUCCCAAUGGCUGUGAAGAAGCCCAAGUCGACUGGGUAGAGGGUGUCGCUAUCGUAGUGGCCAUCAUCAUCGUCGUCAUGGUCGGUUCAGUCAACGAUUGGCAAAAGGAACGCCAAUUCAAAAAGCUCAACGAAAAGCGCGAAGACCGUACCGUCAAGACAAUCCGAGGCGGCAAAGAAAUGCUCAUCAAUGUCAAGGACAUCGUCGUCGGCGACGUGUGUAUCUUGGAACCCGGAGAGAUUUUGCCAGUCGAUGGUGUCUUUCUUCGAGGACACAAUGUCAAGUGCGACGAAUCGGGUGCUACUGGUGAAUCGGACGCUAUCAAAAAGUUUACCUACGACGAUUGUAUUAAAGAGCGAGACAAUCUCGGGCCGAAUGACAAACAAAAGAGGGACUGUUUCCUCAUUUCUGGUGCCAAGGUCCUCGAAGGUGUCGGAGAGUAUGUGGUCAUUGCAGUGGGAAAGACGAGUUUCAACGGGCGUAUCAUGAUGGCUAUGCGCGGUGAUGCCGAAGAAACACCCCUCCAGAUCAAACUCAACAAUCUCGCCGAGCUCAUUGCCAAGCUCGGUGGUGCCGCUGGUCUCCUCCUCUUUACCGCCUGUAUGAUCCGCUUCUUUGUCGGCCUCAAGACCGACCCUGAUCGCUCGGCCAACGACAAGGCGCAGGCAUUCAUUCAAAUCUUGAUUAUUGCUGUCACCCUAGUCGUCGUUGCUGUCCCCGAAGGUCUCCCUCUGGCCGUCACGCUGGCUCUGGCUUUUGCCACCAAGCGAAUGACGAAACAGAACCUGCUUGUCCGUGUCCUGGGCUCGUGUGAGACGAUGGCAAAUGCUACCGUCGUCUGCACCGACAAGACCGGUACGUUGACGACAAACGUCAUGUCCAUCGUCGCCGGUUCUCUCGGUGUGCACGGUAAAUUCGUGCAAGACCUCGCUGAGAAUGCCGCUCGAUCCAAUGCCAAUGAGAUCGAAGGCCAGAACGAGCGAGACGACUUUUCAUUCGACAUGACUGACUUUAACAACAAUGCCUCCAAGCCUCUCCAGUCAUUGUUCAACGAAGCUGCUGCUGUCAACUCUACGGCUUUCGAGGAUACGGUUGAAGAUGGAAAGUUGAACUUUGUUGGAAGCAAGACCGAGUGUGCCUUGUUGCGUUUCGCAAAGGAGCAUCAGUGGGCCGACUAUCGCGAGACGCGAGAAUCCGCCGAGAUUGUCCAGAUGAUUCCCUUCAGCUCCGACCUCAAAGCUAUGGGUGUCGUUAUCAAGCUCGGUAACGGCAAGUACCGCUUCCACGUCAAGGGUGCCAGCGAGGUCUUGACCGGAAACUGUAUCAGCCAUGUCGUCGUCCAUGAGGGCGACAACAGCGGCGAUCGAGUCGAGACUGUCAACUUUGACGACCAGAGCCGGACCAAUAUCAGCAAGACCAUCAUCUUUUACGCCAACCAGUCUCUCCGUACCAUCGCGCUCUGCUACCGCGACUUUGAAUCCUGGCCUCCCAAGGGCUCCGAGCUGACUGCUUCGGACGAGGUGCCCUAUGUCGAUCUGUGCCAAGACUUGACGUUGAUGGCUAUCGUCGGUAUCGAGGAUCCCCUCCGAACUGGUGUGAGGGAGGCCGUGGAAAAGUGUCAAAAGGCUGGAGUGGCGAUCAAAAUGUGCACGGGUGAUAAUGUGUUGACUGCGAGGUCUAUCGCGAACCAGUGUGGGAUCUUUACGCCUGGAGGUGUGGUCAUGGAAGGUCCCAUCUUUAGAAAACUUUCCGACCAAGAUCGUUUGGAGAUUGUUCCCCGGUUACAAAUCCUCGCUCGAUCUUCUCCCGAAGACAAGAGGCUGUUGGUCAAGACGUUGAAGAGUAUCGGAGAAAUUGUGGGUGUCACGGGCGAUGGUACCAAUGAUGGACCUGCCUUGAAGCUCGCCAAUGUUGGAUUCGCCAUGGGUAUUGCUGGUACUGAAGUCGCGAAAGAAGCCUCCGACAUCAUUUUGAUGGACGACUCUUUCAGCAACGUCGUGCUCGCCAUCAUGUGGGGCCGAUGUGUCAACGACUCUGUCAAGAAGUUCCUGCAGUUCCAAAUCUCUGUCAACAUUACCGCCGUCGUCAUUACCUUUGUCACCGCCGUCGCCUCCUCUAGCGAAGAGUCUGUCCUGACUGCCGUCCAAUUGCUUUGGGUCAACUUGAUCAUGGACACGUUCGCCGCGCUCGCUUUGGCGACGGACCCGGCGACAGAGAGCUCGCUCGACCGAAAGCCAGACAAGAAGAAUGCGCCACUGAUCACGUUUGAAAUGUUCAAGAUGAUCCUGGUACAGGCGUUGUAUCAGAUCGUUGUCUGUUUGGUCUUGCACUUUGCGGGUCUCAGGAUCUUGGGUAUUGCGGAUACGGAUCAGAACAAUACCGAGCUCGGUGCUUUGGUAUUCAACAGUUUCGUCUUUUGCCAAAUCUGCAAGUGCUUCGACUUCGGCCUGCUGAACUGUCGACGUCUUGACCGCAAGCUCAAUAUCUUUGAGGGCUUCUGGCGUAACUGGUAUUUCAUCGUCAUCUUCUGUAUCAUGGUUGGCGGUCAAAUAUUGAUCAUCGAAGUCGGCGGUGCCGCCUUCCAGGUCACCCGUCUUGGUGGACGUGACUGGGGAAUCUCCCUCGUCAUCGGUGCCAUCUCUCUCCCCAUCGGCGUCAUCUGCCGACUCAUGCCCACUGAGCCUUUCGGUAGACUCCUCGUCAAGCUCCACAUCUAUGCCGAUCCCAACAAACUUCCUGCGCACUCUCCCGAUGCCGACGAACAGCAACAACAAUACAACUACAACCCUGCUUUGAGCCAGAUCAAGGACAACUUGGCGACUUAUGCCAAUAUCCGGGGCGGUAGACUGAGGGCGAGUUCGAUGGUGGCCAAGAGCAGGAGCGCGAGAUUACGGGAUGCCGAUAUUCAGCUUCCUUCGCUCCUCACCAUGGUUCCCACGCUUGUUGCCGGUACCGUCGGCGCUGGUGCUCACUGGGUCACACCGCAGCCCAACAACUCGCUUGGGCUGCACAACCCUGCCGGUCAAGACCCCUCACGGUCGACUCAUGAGCUGUAUAAUGGCAAGGUUCACCUGCACCCUCAGACAGAUCCCAACGACCCACUGUACGCCAGAUUUGGUCUGCGGCCGCCAAGCCCCAGCCAGCGUGGACCCCCCCCAGUGUCGAGCAACAGCAACGUCACGGGUGCUGCUGAAUCGAGCGAGCAAGUGUGA